AUGGCCGACAUCACCGACCAGCACGACAAUGCGUCGCCCUCCACCCUCGAGGAGCACGCCGCCGGCAAUGCCAAUUCUAUCCCAGAUGCCCGCGGCAUCAAGCGCCAGCGGCCUGCCGACGAUGAUGAUGAUGACGAUGACAAGCCCGGUCGCGAGCGCAGAAAGAUCGAGAUCAAGUUCAUCACCGACAAGUCGCGUCGCCACAUCACUUUCUCAAAGCGGAAAGCCGGUAUUAUGAAGAAGGCCUACGAGUUAUCCGUUCUCACCGGCACGCAAGUCCUCCUCCUCGUCGUGUCAGAGACGGGCCUGGUCUAUACCUUCACGACCCCCAAGCUCCAACCUCUGGUCACCAAGGCCGAGGGCAAGAACCUGAUUCAAGCCUGUUUGAAUGCUCCUGAACCUGCGGGCAACGGAGAGAACGGCGUCGAUGAUCAAAAUACCGUCGACUCCCCCGAAGAACCCUCGCCGCAACACCUCCCUCCCCAACAACCUCGCGCCGGAAUGCCACAACAAAAUCCGCAGAUGCACCCCAGCUAUAUGCCACAGACACUCGAGCAGCAACAGGCGCUCGCAUACCAAAAUUACGUUGCGCAGCAACAACGAGGAGGUGGUUACCCGAUGGCACCGCAAGCCGGCAUUCCACAACAACAUUCGCACCAAGCAUAA